AUGCCUAGGCUACCUACCUUUGGUAUAUACGUUGUCAUGCUUCAAUCGGUCUUGCUUACUAUUGCUAAGGUAGGGUUCAUGUUGGGAUUUCUUAUUAUUGCCUUUGGACUUAGCUUUCAUAUUAUACUAGGUCACAAGACUUACUUCAGCAGUGCAUCAUAUUCUUUUAUCAAAGUUUUCGAUAUGAUACUCGGAGAAUUAGACUAUAUCGAAGUCUUCUUUGAUCCUAUAUAUAACGGAAAAACAUUAGCUCCUUAUAAUGUUCUUGCGCUAAUCUUUUAUUUUGGCUUUAUCAUUGUUAUGCCGAUUGCUGCAAUGAACCUGAUGGUUGAUUUAGCCGUAGGCGAUAUACAUAAAAUUGAAAGAAAUGCCGUUCUGAGUUGUUUGAACAUUCAAAAAUUUUAUAUCAGUAAGGAGGAAAAACGAGAGCGGGGAUUGUUCACUCAAAUUCAAAAUAAUUUGAGUCAAGAUAUGAUCGAAGUUAGUCAAUCCAGUGCAGUAGAAAACGAUGUUCGUGAGUUGAAAGAAAUUGCUUCGAAUCAUGGCAGAAGGGUGAAAAUGAUGGCUCAUCAAGUAAAUUACUUGUUGAAAAUUAACUCUGAAAUGAGAGAAAAAUUAAAUAAAAUUUUUGAAAAGGAUAUUAUUAUAUAA